CACUGCUUCACGACGACAACGCAAUAAAUAGCAUGGCUCUUUAUCUGGAACGACUCUAACGGAAGGACUUGUUUGCUACGAAUUUAGGAUUUGCGCGUUCUUCGUUUUGAAUUUUCACUCCCCUUUCUUGAGAUACCCUUGAUGUUGUUCCUUAAACCUGUAUCUUUCUCUCGUUUUGAACAAGUGAAAUCAGUGUUUGGUGCUCAAUUAUGGAUGGUACACCUGUCUCUACCGAUGCAGCUAUUGAAGAGCAACACAUUGUCAAGGCAGAUGAAGUCGACCAAACGGGAACCGAUAUCAGCACCGUCUCGGACGACCAGCUGAUGGAAGAAGUGGCUGAAGGUCUGCGACAGGAGCAGGUCUCGCAUCCUACAGCUUCUGCGACAGAUGAAGCACCGGAACAGCCUGAAAAGGCUCCCAGGAGGCCAGAGCUCCGUCGUGAUAACUCUGCCCCGCCGCCUCCUUUGCAGCCUCCCCCACCAGCUCCCGUCCAGCAAACCCUGGACAGGCCAUCUGACUCUCUGAGCCUUGCUCAGCUGAAAAGAUUGGUUCAGGAAAUGCCCAAGGUCGAUCAGCCUGCCUAUGCUUUUGAAUAUGCUGAUGCUGAGCCUUUCGCGGAUGAGAUUGAAGAAUGGUUUCAAUACAGUGAAUUCGAUCGAGUCAUGCUCAUCGGUAUGAAAUCAUCGUUCGAGCACAAAUGGAAUUCUUUCACUGGAAAUAAAUCCUCGACUCCUGAACAGUUAUCCUGGACUGAUGCUUCUUAUGAUCUACGCAAAUCAUUUAUAAGUCAAACGCUCCAAGGCUUACAAGACCAAGAAAUGUUUGUUCGUCUCGAAGCUAUGGAGACUGUUUGCUAUGCUUUGACCGGAAUAUGGGGAACUACCGCAGGACAAGAGAUACAGGACUACCCAGAAGAUGUGUCUCCUCAGUUCGCCGCGGAAACCCCAAGAUCCAAGUCCUUGCAAAUCAAAUGGAUCGAAAACAAUGCCAACUUGGUCCAGGAAUGCUCCGGAAUAGGGAUUCUGCUUGAAUGUCUCUGUCGGGUGUUCGAAAAGAGUUGCAGUACGCCCAAACCUGACUCAGACGCCGUUGACCCUGAAGAUACCAACCCCGCAUAUCUUGCUGCUUCAGAGCGUGAGGCAAAUCUAGCUCUCACGACCUUAUAUCUAGUUGUAGAGGUUGGCCGGAGGCAAGAAGCAACCAAUCCUCGACACACGCCCAUACGAGACGCGCUUACUGACCUAAAGCCAAAUCUGCUGGUAUUCCUUGUUGAGAUUAUCGCCCGACUCCGGUGGGAUGAAUCUACAAACGUUCCACUCACGAGGAUUGUACUCUUGUUCUGGAAGUCCUUGCUUCUUUUCUUUGGUGGAAGCAUGAGCUUGAAACAGGCCAAAGAAGACCUGGAGCCUUCUCUUGACAGGGAAGAGAAUACUCCAUCUCGGAGGACCCCUUUUCUCACCGCUUCACCUCUUGAUUAUCAUGUGUUUCGGCAAGAGAUUACAUCAAAGUAUCCCUCCUACAACCCGCCACCGCCAGUAGUUCCUCUUGAAUUAGAGAACAACUCCAUUCUUCCCCCUCUUCACCAACAUCCCAGUAGGGCACCUUCUUCCAGCGGUCUCUUUUCCGGUGUUGGCCCAUCCGUUGCUGGCGGAAACGGUUCAAUCCUCCACCAAUCUGUUCACAUUGCCACACCGGCACCAUCUCCUCCACCUUCACCAAUCGGUCCUGGUGGUAAAACGGGGAAAAAGCAAAACUACCAGACUAAUCAAAAUUUUCCGUUCAUGUACCCACCCCUCACUGAUAACAGCAAUGAUAUUGGCGGGAAAGGUACAACGGAACUCCAGGACGCUCUAGUCGGGAAAAAGUGGGAGGGCAGUGAUGUCCCAGCAUCUAUCAUCGAGGCCGGUAGACUGUUUUCUACCCAUGUGAAAAUGACGAGGGCAAUGCGCCAGCUCUGGGAGGAGCGGGAACGAUUUAUGAAGUAUGACAGAGGUUGGAAUAUGGAUGAUUCUGCUAUUCCGAUGUAUGAUCUCUCCGACAACCUAGCGGAAGACUUGGAAAAUUUUUCCCUUCUGGAAAAGCAAAAGAUCAAGCCCGAGCAGCCUUCAGAAAAGGAGACCGACAAUGAGGAUAUUCAACGACGCUUAUCGGCUGUCGAAUCCUUUUAUACUCAAGCACUGGUCCAUUUGCAGUCAAUCACCAUUGUUUUCCUCAAGAUAAUUUUGACGAAUGUCAGCGCCAUGGUCAAUCAGGCAAACAGCCAAAAUGGUCAACCUACAAGUGACGGUUUUGGUCCAGUCAAUGGGCUCUCUGGUGAUUUUCCUGGGGAAUUUGACACUGACGCUGCAAUUGACGAGCUUGACAACAUUCGGUUGCGGGAAAUAACGGGCAAGGCUAUCUCUGGGUCCCUUUUGCUAAUGUUGAAGUGGUUCAAGCGAUCUCAUAUAUUGAAGUUUGAAUACAUGACGCAGUUGUUGCUGGACUCGAACUACCUUCCUUUGAUUCUCAAAAUGUUCGCCCAUCAAGACAUUGAUCAGGCAGUGGCACAAAAGCACGACCGAGAGGAAUUAGGUUUCUUCCAUUUCUGCCAUCUCCAUUCUGACCAGCCACCAGAGCCUGCUGAACACUCCGACGAAGAAUCUUCUCCUAGUGACGAUGAGGCUGCCCCUCCUCCCAUUGCUCGGCAUCGGCAAGAUCUGGGUCCUGGAAUGCCAUCGGGUCGGGCCCAAUCUCCUGAAGAGGCUAUCCCCGAAUUCCUGGAGGGCCACCAUCGCCCAGAAGUGGACGAAUUGGGAUAUCCUACCGCACCUCUGCCGAAAGAGCCUAUCACUGUGUUCUCAUUCCGCAACUUCUAUUCCGCUAUCAACUAUCUACACAUCAUGCAGAAAAUCACCCGUGACAAGGCUCACCGGUGUCUGUUGCUUGUGCAGUAUAAGUCAAGCACUAUACUUCGAAAGGGGCUGAAGAUCCCCGAUCCGCAUCUCCGUUUUUACACCCUCAAGCUUUUCAAAUCCCAAGUUCCAUACUGUGGACGAAAGUGGCGUCAAAGCAACAUGCGGGUGAUCACUGCGAUCUACCUGUACUGCCGGCCAGAACUGCGUGAUGACUGGCUCGCAGGCUCUGAUGUAGAUGCGGAGGUGGAGGAAGCGUUGCCGCUUGAGCAAGCCCUUCGAGGUCUAACACACUGGUGGCACUUGCGUCGUUACAAGGAUGUUAUGGGUGGAGAAGAAAACACAUCGAUUAUGGAAGAGGAACGGGAUUUCUUCGUGCGUGAACUGGAGUCAAUGGGCUGGGGCAUUGCCGAUGAAAUGUACAGUGCGGCCGGUGAGGACGCAGAAAUGGCCGCUCCAUAUUAGUCCAGAGAUUAUCAUUGCAUAUUUGGGUCUUGUUUUUGAAGCCAAUAGAUAGUAUCUUGUCACGUCUUAUGAUUAUGAAAUACCCUAUCUAGUAUUUGGAAGAACUAGGUGGUUUAGGUUGAGCGAAAUAUAUUUCCACUUCCAGUUUCCACGACACAAGCAAGAGAAUGGCAAUACACCAUCGAGUAAAAUCUACAAUUCUU